AUGGGUGCUGGGGAAUCAGCUGAUGAUUUUGCUGCAAUAGAAAACAGUCAGUGGUACAAGAAAUUUAUGAAGCAAUGCCCCUCCGGGCAACUUACUCUCCAUGAGUUUAAGAAAAUACUGGGUUUACAGGAUAUGAACCCUCAGGCAAACAUGUAUGUUGAGCAGGUGUUUCACAUCUUUGACAUGAAUCAGGAUGGAUUUAUAGACUUCUUGGAGUUCAUAGCUGCAAUAAAUUUGGUUAUACGAGGGAAAAUUGACCAAAAAUUGAAGUGGUAUUUUAAGUUAUACGAUGCUGAUGGAAACGGAUGUAUUGACAAAAAAGAACUAUUAAGCAUAUUCACGGCUAUCCAGGCUAUUAAUGGCCACACCAACAUGUCUGCUGAAGAGUUCACAAACAUGAUAUUUCAGAAGAUAGAUGUGAACAAUGACGGGGAACUGACUUUAGAAGAAUUCAUCAAUGGUGUGGAAAAAGACAAGGACCUAAUGGAAUUGAUUACGAAAAGUUUUGACCUUUCCAACGUACUCAAAGUCAUACAGAAUGGCAGGAGACACAGCAUCUGA